CUUCAAGUUCACCCAACUACUUUCACAAAACUAGGUCAUAGGUCGAGCUUUUCUCGGAAAUUCCACGUAUUAGUUUUCUCGAAAAAUCGGGAAAAUCCAAACUAUUACAACAUAACUGACACUGUGAAGGAGACCUUGCCGGAGGAUAUUUCGAAAGGGAGGAAGUCAAACGGAAAAUGAACAUUCUUUUCAUCGGCAGAGGUGGAAACGGGAAAAGCUUCAGCAUUAACUCCAUCGAAAAACAGCAAAGUGCUGACAAUGCUUCGUCUCUGACGUUAAGUGAAUUUCAGGAAUAUGCUAAUGAUACAUCAGUGACGGAAAAAGAAUUUCAAGAGUUGAUCAACAUAAAAGCUGUGAAAUGCUCGGGAAUCGGUGACAGAGGUGAAGACUUAAAUGAUUCCAUUACAGACGUUAUAUGUAAGCUAGAAGAUCUUUUGACGGAAUCUGGUGGUUUUAACGCCAUUGUGAUAGUAUUAAAGUACGGCGUUAGAUUUACAAAACAAGAACAAGACGCGGUCAAGGUUUAUGAUUCAGUAUUUGGUUCAGGCAUGAUUCCGAAAUGGGGCAUCAUCCUAUUUACAUAUGGGGAUCUGUUCUACCAGGAUGUUAAAGAAGACAAUGGCCCAUCUUUUAAAGACUGGUGUCGAGAACAGACUGGAGAUGUACAGAAAUUGUUCGAGAAAGCAAAUUUCAGGAUCAUUUUGUUUGACAAUAGAACUAAAGACCCAGAUCAACAGAAAAAACAAUUUUACACGCUGCUAGAAACUGUUCGAAAUCUGAAUGCCGAAAGUAGGUACACACUAGAAGAAUUUCAAAGUGUCUCACAAAGUCGUGAAACUUUUGUAGAGGAAGAAGAUAUGAACAAGCAGAUAAAAGAUAAAGAAGAAAACAAUAAGGAGGAAAAAAUUCAUGAAGAAUUUUGGUUAUGUCAGGUGAUUUGGAAACACAAAGAAACAGUUGGCUUUAUUUCGGUAUUUGCUAUCAUAUUUGUAUUAACAAGAACAGGCCUACUACGCAAUAUUUCAAACAAACUCGGGUUUAGACAUUGGCUUGCGUAUAUUCCUUUCUUCUCGAAAUCAAAAUAGUUACAUCUGACAGAACAAAAUAUUUGACUGGGUUGAAAGUGAUGUUAUUAAUUAAGUAUUUUAUAGAUUUUCUUCAAAGCAUUGUCUUGUACUUCAAUAAAUAAACAUAGAAACAUUCAACUGUUAAAUUCAAACACAGGCUAUGAUACAUCAUAAGCCAUAUCCAUAGGGUUUGACAUUAUUUUUAAGAAUAAAUCUUUACGAUUGCACACAAUGA